UAGCGCUUCGAUCGAUGACAUUCUACCUGUCAGCAUACAAUCCAAAUAUAGACUAGAAUAACAAACAGUAUGGCUGACAGUUAAGGUAGCUGAUAAUGGAUACUUAAGCUUAAGGCUAAAUAGAGGUUUAAUGGCAGGUCUAUACAAGAAACUGAAUGCAGAUUUGGCGUGGAUGAAGAUCAGUCAACAGGCCGCUUCUAAAUCAAUAUUUGAGUUACAAUGACUUUAUAGCAUUUGAACAAAGAUGCUGUUUUGUCAUGAAGCGGCGAAAAUGUCGCAUUGUAUACUGGUCAAUGUUUGCAGUUACUCUUAUGUUAAUGUAUGUUGUCGUUCUGCACAUCUCAACCCAGCCUAGUGAUGACCAAGAUGUUCACGAAGUUACUGAUGAGCUUAAAGCACUUCGACGAGACUUUGUGUUAAAUGACGGAGGUGGUGAGGAAGUGGGGAAACCAAAUUUGCAAUUGAAUAAGAAAAAUACCAUUCGCUUCUUCAACUAUGAGACAGCAAGAAAAGAGCAUUCCACCGAGAUGGUGCAGUUGAAAACACUGAUCGGGAAGACGCCGAUAUUUAUUCAUCCACCAAACGUUGACCAAAUGAUCUCAUCGUAUGUGAAAGAUUACGGAACUUGGGAAGAGGACUUGCUCAAUCAGACAGCAAUGCUGGUGCAAAGAUACGAGAACUUGGUGUUUUUAGACAUCGGGAGUAAUAUAGGAGUGUACAGUCUCUUUAUCGCUAGUCUUGGUGUGGAAGUCAUAGCUGUAGAACCGGUGGUCGCAAACUUGGUGCUUCUGUACAAAUCAGUGAAAGCCGGACGAUUCAGGAAGAAUGUAACGCUAGUCAACAACGCGGUUUCAGACAAAUACGAACAAUUGUUCAUGGAUAUUCCGGAAGGAAACAUCGGUGGUGCUCACUUUGCUGUUAAUGACAACCAAGAUCAGAAAGCACACAGUUCUUCAAUAAACACCAUAGACAAUUGUAUUGAAACUAUAAUGUUGGACGACUUAAUACCAAUGGUAGGGAAUAAGAAAGUUGUUGUUAAAAUGGACAUUGAGGGCCACGAACUGAACGCCUUACAAGGAGCAAGGACGUUCUUCCAGUCGGUGGACGUGAGAGCGGUGUUGAUGGAGUGGUCACACCACAGGUACUCGGACAAUGGGCGGAUCAUCGCCACCUUGAUGGUGAACGAGGGAUUCCUGCCCUACCCGCAAGUCAGCAUCUUAACGGUGCUCAACCCUGAUAGGUAUCAUAGCUGGCCAGAGAAUGUCUUCUGGGUCAAGAAAUAGCGGUUCAUACUAUCUGAAUUUUUAAUUGUUUUGUUUGUUAAAUUAUAUGUUUUUUAAUGAUACGUGAUAUUAUAUUUAUCUCAGAUGUUAAGUUUGUAUAUAUUAUGGAGCUUCUUGCUUUAAAACUCCAUUACACAUUGAGAGUUAUACGUUUAAACAUCCAUUUAACAUUUAGCAAUUAUAGUAUAGAUUACCAUUACAUGGGUUACAUUUUUAUCAUUUGAUAUUUAGUUCAUCAGUACGCAUUAUUUUGUAUAACAAAAUAUACCAUGCAUUUAUAU